AACGCUUCACCCACCCAUCAGCGAGCGAAGAGAAGACUACAAGACCACACGUUUAAAUGUUUUAAAACUUUACUUUUGUUGGAGUAUCGCUUCAGACUUCAGUGUUCCUGAAUUUUAAUUUCAGUCGAAGUAAAGAGACUUUCAAGAGAAGGAGAAAUAAUGAAGUACAUAAUAGGAAUUGGCGGAGUCACCAAUGGUGGUAAAACCACUCUGACUAAUAAACUGAUUCAGACUUUGCCCAACUGCUGUGUUGUGCACCAAGAUGACUUCUUCAAGAAACCCGAUCAAAUAGAAGUCGGGGAGGACGGCUUUAGGCAGUGGGAUGUGAUCACAGCUAUGGACAUGGAGGCCAUGACCAACACGAUAAAAGCCUGGAUUGAGAACCCAGCAAAGUUUGCCCGUUCUCACGGUGUACCCCUGGCUCCUGUUCCAGAUGUGGCCAACCCUGAUGAGCAGAUCCACAUCCUGAUAGUUGAAGGCUUUCUGCUGUAUAACUACCCGCCCCUGCUGGAUGUUUUCAGUAAGUGCUACUACAUCUCAAUCCCCUACGAGGAGUGCAAAAGAAGGAGAAGUACAAGGCAAUACACGGUCCCUGAUCCUCCUGGCCUGUUUGACGGCCACGUGUGGCCCAUGUACCUGAAGCACAGAAAGCAGAUGGAGGAAAGCGGUUUGAAUAUCGAAUACCUGAAUGGUUUGAAUUCCAGAGAGGAAAUCUACAACCAGGUGUAUGAGGAUAUUCAGAACAACCUGCUCAAUCGUUUAUAGCAGGAGGAUUCCACUUCACACCUGUACAGACUGUAAAUAGUCAAGGAUUUUUUUUAUAAGGUGUAAUUUUAUUUUCUUGUACAUAGAAAUGUUCAGUUUUUAAAUUAUGUUGUUUUUAUCUCCUUCAUGGACAACAUGUUUUUCUUAUUGAAAUGUUUGCCGUUUGUUUUUGAUAUCUUGUUGACCACUAUUGGUCUCCAUGAGUGUCUGCUGUCAAUAAAUACAUGAGUUGCUGUUAAAAUACAGUUCAUCAAAACAUC